AUGAAAAUCAUUAGCUCUGUUGAGAAACUAUUUACUCAGGCACUGGAAUCAAUUCUCCAAUUUGUCAAGACUCUACUUGACAUUCUUCUUUUUGUCUUGAGUUUAAAGGUCUUUCCGCUGGCCUGGCAUGCGAGAAGUUUCUACUCAUAUGUCUUUCGAAGCAAAUUGAACAACAAGCCUAUUCCUCUCACUACACUUAACGUCCCGACUAUCUUUCAGCCGACUAUAUGGACAUCAAGUACACCACUUGGCGAGAUAGAUAUCAUGGGCCACAAGACCAAUUCCACCUACGCUACGGACUUUGAUGUGGCCCGAAACUACCACAUGUGCUCCCUUUUCCGGGUUGGCUUAAAGAAGUGGGGCGACUUAUCUUUCGUCAAUACCCAAACACGCGAUGCUGGAAUUGGGUUAUUUUAUCCGGCCCUUGCUGGGGUAAACUUUACAUUCCACAGGGGCAUUCGUCCUCGACAGAAGUAUGAAAUAUGCACUCGUAUACUGUCAUGGGAUGACAAAUGGUUGCAUCUGAUUUCGCACUUUGUGGACAGAGGAAAUUGCAAGCCUAUCUAUAUGAGUGACCACAGAAAUUCACAGUGUGAUCCCGAAAUGGAUUUGGGAGAUUUGGCAGAAUCACAAUGCGUCAAUCAGGGUGAGAACUCCAGAUCUGUCGUCUUUGCUACUGCUAUGGCGAAGAUGGUCUUUAAAAAGGGUCGAAAGACCGUUCCUCCUGCCCAGUUCCUAGUUGAUUGUGGCCUUCUUCCUCGCCAGGAACUUGCAGCUAAUCGCGAACUCUCACAAAUGUCCAAGGAGGACGAGAAGCUUCAUGACGAUUGUAUGACCAAGAUUGGAGAGAGCAUUGAAAGAACAAGAUCAGCGGGCUAUCACGUCGCCGAGCGCCUUAAUGCCCUGGAUGAAGGGUGCUCUUUUUUUCAUAUGAGCGAGAAAGUCUUCUUUUCUAAGCGUUGA